AAUCGUAGUCAGACGCGAUGCCAUUUCGCCAGGCGGCCCUUGAAACAAGGGAACGUGCAUGUGCUAUAUCCCGAAGACAUGACAAAAUUACCCACUAUCACUAAAAGUUGGAACUACGCCUACCGGACCUCCACCAUGUCGGUCCUGUUCGAAACUUCUCUAGGCGACCUCGUCAUCGACCUUGAGGUGGAGCAGUGUCCGAAAACAUGCGAGAACUUCUUGAAACUUUGUAAGGUGUACUACUAUAAUUUGAAUGCAUUCUUCAAUGUAUCCAAAGAUUUCCUAGCCCAGGCUGGUGACCCCACUGCCACAGGAACGGGUGGAGAAUCAAUAUGGUCCUACAUUGCCUCGCAAGAAAAGAAGGAUGCCACAGUCGCCCGGUAUUUUGCCCCAGAAAUCGUGCCAAAGUUGAAACACACCCAUAAAGGCACUGUGUCCAUGGCUGUGGCACCCUCUGUGAACGGCGAGAAAGGCGGUUGUGGCAGCCAGUUCUUCAUUACACUUGCAGACAACAUAGACUAUCUCGACGGGAAACAUGCAAUUUUUGGUCAUGUCGUAGAAGGGUUGGCAAUGCUGGACAAGCUGAAUGAGGAAUGUUUCACAGAUCAAGAUGGGAGACCAUUCAAAGAUGUGCGGAUAAGACACGUCGUUAUUCUCGAUGACCCAUUCCCUGAUCCACCCAACCUAAUCCAACCUCCGUCAUCUCCAACUCGCCCCCCAGACAAUUCUACUAGGAUUGCUGAAGAUGAAGAUCCGCUUGCCACUCUUCCGGAUGAAGAAGAGGAGCGUAUACGUCGUGAAAAGGCCGCAGCAGCCUCUGCCCUAACGCUUGAAAUGGUUGGCGACCUGCCUUUUGCCAACGUCCGGCCACCAGAAAACGUCCUUUUCGUAUGCAAACUGAACCCUGUCACACGAGACGAAGACUUGGAACUCAUCUUCUCGAGAUUUGGCACCAUUAUGAGUUGCCAAGUCAUUAGAGACAAGAAAACGGGCGACUCGUUACAAUAUGCUUUCAUAGAAUUUGAUAAACGAGAUGAUGCAGAACAGGCCUAUUUUAAGAUGCAAAAUGUAUUGGUAGAUGAUAGACGGAUUUGGGUAGAUUUCUCGCAGUCCGUGGCAAGGCUCAAUACCUCCUGGUCCAAUAACCCCAAAGUGGGACUGCAUAGCAAAGAAAGGGGUGGGUUCGGCGGUCGUGAAGACUUGGAAGAAACUCGACGAUACCGGGCAGCUGGAAGAAGCGAUGGCAGAGAUCGUUAUGGAAUGGUGUUCGAAGUCCCGGAUGACAGAGGAACAUCACGUAGGAGCAGACAUGAUCGAGAUAGGAAAGACCCUCGAGAUCGGCGCCAACGCUCUGCCUCCCCUGUGCCGCGCAACAGAUCUGGGGAACGGCGCCGCAGCAGAGAUAGACAUUCUCGUGAUCACGGGACACGCCGCUAAUGGCGGAUCUGAAACUGAACACCGUGCUUGUAUGUUUCUAUUCAUUGUGCUUUGUGUACCAAAAUGAUCUGCCCCUAUGAGGCAGCCCGCUAGUCUGAAUUGUAAUUCCACCAUUGCUGUGCCGCUGGCUAGCUUAUAAAACCUGCAUUCGCCCAAUGAGAACAGGAACUCUCUGUCUCUCUUCUGGUCUCCAUGAUGACACAGUCACACAACGACUUCUACGCUCCCGGCUCUGAUAUGCUUCUGCUCUCGAGUGACGAUGUCAAAUUCUGCGUCCACCGUUGUAUGCUAGCGGCCGCUUCUCCAUUCUUUGAACAUAUGUUUGCAUUGCCGCAGCCCCCUGACGAUCCAAAAAACGAGGAACGUCGUCCUAUGAUCCCCGUGUCGGAGCCUGGCUCGACCGUGCACACGCUUCUGUGUUUCAUUUAUCCCAUACCUCAUCCCACCAUUUCAUCACUUGACGAACUCAGCAUUAUUCUCGG